GACGGCCUCUGCCUUUGAAAACUGGUAAAGAGGCUUGAAAUUCCUCUUCCUUUCUUGUUAAAUCACAAGAUUGGGGCUUAGAAUCUUUCCUCUCAACCCAGAAAAUCUCGGUUCUGCUCUGCUCUUCUCCCCUGUCCGCCGGCUGUAUGUGGGUUUGAAUUCUUGGGCAUUUUUCGGCCUGUGAGCCCCCCCUGCAGAAAUGCCGCCGGCUUCUUCACCCUGCCAGCUCCGGUUUGCUUGCUGGAAUUCUGGUUUUGAUCGUUCUGUCACCGUAGCACUUGGGUUAGCCUUCUGUUCUGUGCGAGUGAGGAAGCGAAACCGAGGACGGGGAAAUCGAGGGGAGUGACGAGUUAGAAGGCUAGUCAAUUGUAAUCGAUAUAGAUUUGAGAUAAUGAUCAUGAUCUUGUAAUUGGAGAUUUAUAACUUCAUUUAGUAGAUUGUUAGUUUACAAGAGAUUUGAUCUGGAGAUUUUGAGGUUGUCAUGUUGGACAU